AAAUUACGAGAUAAAUGUAACAAGCUAAUUAUUUGCGUAAUUAAAUUAAUGAAUCUUGGUAGAAUUACUUCUUAAAAGACCAAUUCAUUUUUGCACGUUUGUGAAUUGUAUAGAAUUGUGAACUGUCACCAGAAGUUUAAUCUGCAGAAAAUUUGAAACUUCAACGGUGUAUAGGUUAUUGAUUAUAAAUCUUUAAUUAUCGAGUAACAAAAUGGAUGAAGCUGAUGAAGAGAACCUAAUCAAGGAUAUAAAAUUCGCGAUUGUGAAUGAAGAUAUAGAAAAAUUUGGAGAGAAUAUGAGUAAGUUAAAGUCGCUUGAUGCUCCGUGUUGGUUAUAUGGUUAUAGACCACUGUGUAUAGCGUACAAAAACAGAAAGGAUCGUUUCGCUGAAAAAUUUUUAGAAUUAAAUUUCGUUCAAGUUAACAAUAAUUUUGGAAUCAAUGAAAAUACGCCAUUGCAUUGGGCAGUGAUUCACAAUGAGUCAAAAUAUAGUCUUGGAAUUAUUGACAAAUUAUUACAGAAAGGAGCUGAAAUGACCAGCGAAAAUUCACUGCGGCAAAAUGUGUUUGAUGUAGCAUUGCAGAAGAAAAAUUUUCCUGUGCUAGAACUACUUGUCGAUCAUAUAUCUGAAAGUAAUAUCAACAAAAGCACUUACUUGAAACUACUGUUAGAUUUUAUAAAUUCAGAUUAUAUUGAUUUAGCUGAGAAAUUGUUAACGAAAUGGGUUGACAUUGAUCUUGAAAAAUCGAUGGGUGAUUUUAAUUUUUUAAAUUUGGCUGUUGAGAAGAAACAGUUCAAAGUUGUCAAAAGUCUCUUAAAUCGUGGAAUUAACGUGAAUUAUUAUGACAAAUCUGUGGAAGACCGUGUCACAGCUAUUUAUAAAGCUUGUGAGGUCGGUGAUUUUGAAAUCUUCAAGUUCCUUCUUGACAAUGGAGCUAAUAUUGAUAUAGAAAGAGUGGCUGCCCAGUACAAUCCACGUUAUUAUCCAAUUCAUAUUGCUAUUGCUAAUAAUCAUUUGGACAUUGUCAAAGAGCUCCUUGAUCGCGGAGUUGAUGUUAAUAAAACUUACGUUGUGAGAAUCUACUACAAUGGUGAUAAAUUCGAAAAAACAACUUUACAGCUUGCUUGUGCAUAUAAGCAUUUAGAUAUAGUUAAAUUAUUAAUUGAACGUGGUGCUGAUAUACAUUUGAAGAUUAACGAUUCGGGAACGCCAAUUUACGAAGCAUUUCCUGCGGAAGAUGAAGAUUAUGAACUUUUUACUUAUCUUUUAGGACUUAACAAUUUACGGCUGGACCUAGAUGCUGCAAAAUACAUUGUGUUUUGGUGUGCCAUUUUUAACCAAACAGAUAAGCUGAUUCUUCUUCUUCAGUAUAUCAAAAAAUUGAAUUUAAAGGAUCGUUUGAGAUAUGAAUUGGACAUGAAUGUAUUCAACAAUGCCAAUUUGAAAGAACCACUUAUUCACAGCGCUGCUCGUAAUAGUUCAGGUAAUUGCAUUGAUUUGCUCAUAAAAAAUGAUGUUGAUGUUAAUUUAAGAAAUCACAAAGGCCGAACUGCACUUCAUGUAGCGCUUCGAUAUCGCCAAUUUGAAUCUAUCAUAGGUCUUAUCAGAAAUGGAGCCGAUAUAAACAUUACGUGUAAUGAAGGUCAUUCAGCUUCUCAUUACACUGUAGAUAAAAAAAUACGAGAGUCACGUUUUGAUACUGAUGAUGAUGAUGAGAGUUGCGAAGACUUCGAUGGCUUUCAAGAAAGUAGUCUUACUAAGAUUGUUAAUUAUUAUGGCUAUCUCAUUAUUAAACUAAAAUAUCUUGAUUUAUUUGUUGAUGACAGCAAUUAUAAUUUUGCAAUCAAUACAUUGAAUGAUCCAUUCAAGCAUCAAGGAAAGUAUGAAAAAGAAGUGAAGAAGAUGAAAAAAAAGAUAAUUCACAGCGCGAUUCCUUACGUAACUUACUACAAUUUUGUCAAAGGUAGCUUGAACCGGCGAAUAAAUUUCCUAAACAAUCCUCAAAUUUUCAAGGUUUUGGAUUCACGAGACAAUUAUGCUUCAAAGUUUCCUCAAUUUGCAGAUAUAAUUAAUAAUUUAUUUCAUCAAGCGCUCGUCAGAAAAAAAUUAUUAGACAAAGUUAACAAUUAUCCAAUUUUUAGAUUUUUGAAUAAAAAUUUACCUUAUCUUUGCGUGAAAGAAGUAAUCUGUUAUUUCAGUGAUGGUGAACUCAAAGAUGUAGUUAACAAGUACAUAUUUUUUGACUAGUUAUUUGUUGAAGAUAUAGAUAUUUACAUCGCUGAGAAUAUUUUUUAUUAAAACUUAAUU